AUGCACCAGGGAAGGCUCAGUUUGGAUAUUAUGAAAACCUUUUCAGAAAGAGUGGUAAUGCAUUGGAACAGGCUGCCCAGGGAGGUGGUGGAAUCACCACCUCUGGAGGUGUUCAAGAACCGUGUAGAUGCGGCACUGAGGAACAUGGUUAGUGAGCAUGGUGGUGACAGGUUUGCAGUCGGACUAGAUGAUCUUAAAGGUCAUUUGAAGAUUUAUGAUUCAAUGAUUUUGUCAUUCUGUGAUUCACUGUGUUGUACAUCUUUCAAGUUCUUCUUUGAGGAGUCCAGAGAAAAUGGGCUUUAUCUCUGUGUGCGCCUAGCAUCAAUGAAAUCCAUGCAGGUCAAUCACACUGGUUGAACAGGAUUUGUCAUCCAUAGCUAUUCCAUCUGAAAAUAAAAUAAAUGCCAAAACCCUCUGGCUUUGAAAAGACCGCACCGCUGGGUCCCUGGUGCCGCUCACAGGGUGGGACGGACACUGGGAUUUUCCACCCACCCCACCCCUGACGCCCUGCCAGACGGGGCCGGGCCGCCAACAAACGGAGGAUGCAGGGGUCAGGCCUGGCUCUCGCUACGCUUCCUCCGGCGUAGGCCCGGGGGAGGGCCGCGGGCGCGGGGCCGGCGCUAGGGUGGAGUGGGCCCGCCCGAGCCGGACCGAGCGCCGACAGAGUCGACGGGACAGCCCGAGUCCCCGGGCCCGCCGCGAGAAUGGGGCGGUGGCGGGCCGGGCCAUGCUGCCUGCUUCUGGCCGCGACCUGCGCCCUGGGUCGGCCCCCGCCGCCCUCCAUCGUGCGCUGUCAGCCCGCCGGCGCCUGCUUCAGCGUCCACCUGGCCAACGCCUCGUACGACGAGGCCCGCAGCGCCUGCGGCGACCGGGCGGGCGGCCUGGCCUGGGUGAGCGCCGAGUCGGAGCUGGGGCUGCUGCUGGCGCUGCUGGCCGAGGUGGCCGCGGGGCCCGCGCUCUUCUGGGUCGGGCUGAAGAGGAACGCCUCCGCCUGUACCGACGCGGGACAGCCGCUCCGAGGCUUCUCCUGGGAGGAGCGCGGCGAGACGGCCCUGCGGGAGGUGCCGGCGGCGCUCGGCCGCUGGGCGAAAGAGCCCGUGCGAACCUGCACCACUGCCCGCUGCGCCGGGCUGCACCUGGUGGGCGCCGACAGAUCCCGCUGGGGAUGGCGUGAGCUGCCCUGCCAGCGGCACGGCCGGGGCUACGCCUGCCGCUACCGCGAGGAGGGCGCCUGCCCCGACCUCCGUCCCGACGGUGCGCUGAGCCUCGACUACCGCCUCCCCUUCGGGAAGGCCAGCACCGCGCCCGGCUUCAGCCCGCCGGGCACCGAGCUUGCCGUGGCGUGCCCAGACGGAGAGGUGCUGCUCCGCUGCCGGCACGGUCCGAGCGGCUUCGCCUGGGAGGGCGUGGAGGAGCCCCACUGCCCCUGCAAAGAGCGCUGCGCCCCGGCCUCCAGCGCCGCCCCCAGCGCCGCGGCCGACCGCCGCCUCUCUGCUCCAGCACCCAGCGGCUCCGCGGGGCCGCCGGCCACCUUGCCCGCCGGCCGCGGUGGGACGGCCGCCCCGCCGCCCUCUUCCUCUUCCAACUACGUCUUCAUUCUGGUGACGGUGGCCGUGGUGGUACUGGUGAUCCUGGUCAUGACCGUCCUGGGGGUCUUCAAGUUGUGCUUCAAUGCGAAGGCGGCGGGCGGCGAGACGGAGACGGGCAGCGCGGAGCCGCGCGGGGCUGCGGGUGCCGAGUAGCGGCGGCGAGGACCGCACCGGCCUUCCUCUCGGAGGCAGCCGCGGGUCUGGAGCCUCCCAAAACCUCUUUUCCGGGACAUCUGCAAAGUGGAAGGCUUUGCCCGCUAGUGCCUUGCUAUUCA